AGUCGUGUCUGCGCUGCGAGCGAAACAUCAUCUCUAGCCAACAUAAAAAAAUAAUUUCCCGUCGGUAUCUCCAAUAAACUUGCAUUUGUUUACUGAGUCACGAGAGCCAGCAAUAAGAGCAGCAGCGCGAAAUAGUUUUCACAUUCGGCCUGGCCUGGAAUCUGUGGAAUUCGUUAAUUCUUUUAUUAAGUGGCGUGAAAUUUCAUUGGCAACAUAAACACAAGCAUGCAAGAGCUAAUAAUUGCUCCGCUCGUUCCCGGAAACGGAGGAGGGCUCAACAAUGUGCUUCAGAAGGUCUCAUAUGAUAAAGAGAAUAUUGAGAAUGAAAAGGCCAAAAAUUCCCAGGCGGUGGCGGAGGACAGCACACCCUAUCCAGGACUGUCGCGCCUAACCCCAUCACUGAUCCUGUGCGGGGCCGCGGCUGUGGUGCCCGCCUACAUGGACAAGCUGGGAGUGAGUUGCGUCAUCAAUGUGGCCCCUGAGCUCCCGGACACACCCCUAUCCAGCGUGAUGAACCCACUGUAUCUCCGCGUAAAUGCCCAGGACCGUUCGGAAGUUGACCUGGCGAAACAUUUCGACGAGGUGGCUGAUCUCAUCGAGGAGGUGCGUCUCAAUGGGGGCUGCUCUCUGAUACACUGCGUGGCCGGGGUCAGUCGCUCGGCCUCCCUUUGCCUGGCCUACCUGAUGAAGCAUGCGGGCAUGAGUCUGCGGGAAGCCUACACCCACGUCCAGUCCAUUCGGCCUCAGGUUCGUCCGAACUCUGGAUUCUUUCAGCAACUGCGGCGCUAUGAGCAGCAGCUGCGGGGAAGCAGCUCCGUGGAAAUGGUCUACUUUGCUUCAUUGGACAAGGAAAUCCCCGACAUUCUGGAGCCCCAAUACAGGGCCAUGGAGGACUUCUACCAGAGAUAUCGCAGCUCGCUGAGGAAACGCUAGAUCUUGAACCUGCGAUGCAGGCCAAGAGACAUUUCGUAAUUUGUGAUAUGUGAGAAUUAUGUGUAGAAAUUAGAUGUAUGUAGAUCCUAGUAUAUGAUAUGAAAUGCUGAAAUAUACACAGGCUAGUGUUUGAUUUUCAUAAUUACAAAUACA